GACAAACAAAUAACCAGAUAGAAAACCAGACAGGCUGCUAGAUCCAGAUCCACUCGAGAGAAACAAUCGGAAACAGUCAUGUUUGGUCACGGCCGAAAAAAUUUCACCUGGAAUGGGACGCUGAAAGAGCUGGAAGGCAGCUGCCCAGAACGAGGUCGACCAGCUAUGACAGCCCCCCUGAGCUCGUCCAGUGGCUUGGAGGUCCUCCUCUCCACCCUGCAGAAUGCAGGGGAUGUGGAGAGUACCUUAAAUAUCCUCAAUGUCCUGGACGAACUUCUGUCUGCUGGUACGGAUCGUCGUAUCCAAUAUAUGAUCAGUAAAGGUGGCAGCGAGGCCUUGCUCAGCGCACUGGUCAACACUGGCCGCAGCUUCAGUCCCAACUACACCCUUCUGCUGCCACUGCUGCACCUGCUGGCUAAAGUUGGACACAGAGACCGCCGUAUUGGUAUGAAGGCAGAGGAGGCUGGAGCUGUGCUGCUGACUCUGAAUCUGCUCAGAAAAAACGUCCAACAUGCAAAAAGGGCGGCAGCGUUCCUCUGGGUCAUCCAGGUGUUCUGUUCAUCAGUUUCUACAGCAAACCUUUUAGGAGAAAACCAAGGACUGGAUGUCAUCUACCGCCUCAUCCCUCACUAUGCCACCAAAAAUCAGCACACCAUCAAGGUAGCCAUUGAUGCCUUUGCUGCUCUGCUGUGUACGAAGGCUAAUGUCCACUGGGUGGUAUCCAAGGGUUACAUCUCUGGCCUACUGCGGCUCUACGAGGACUGGCACAGCAACGGAGCUCAAGAUGAUGCCAUACCGAUCCGCCACUCCCUGCUUCGCUGCCUCCAUAAGGUCACUAACAGUACUGCAGGGAGACAGGCUCUCGUGUUGCAUGGAGGCAUCAGACUGCUGUAUGAAUCUACACAGACAUGUUUGCUCAGUAAAGGUCUGGAGUCUCUGGUGGAGCCCUCUGUGCAGCUCAUGAGGAAGUGUCUUCCUACAACUCCUCUCCCACUGACUACAGAUCAGUCUGCAUACAACUUCCCCCUGCCUGGGAGAGUACACACUGUUCCUGACAUGGACACAGAAGAAGAUUUGAGAAGUGAAGAGAGUGAUGAUGAGGAGGCUGAAGAUAACCCAAAGCCAGACUAUGAUGAUGAUUUGGAGACUGACCUGAACAAACUUCGUGUCCGUCCUGACCCGGACAGACCCAAAGAGCUCCUGCCACAGUACAACCGCGUCUGUCCUGAACUCUCACAUGACUUCCAGGAGCUGGAUUUAAGUUCCGAGCCUGAGGAGAGUUCAUCAGCGUCAUCGUCUUCCUCAGACGACGAAGCUGUGUUCGGCCCCCCCAGGAGGGACAGGAGGAAGAGUUCUGCCAGCUGGGAUUGGUCCCCCUCCUCCUCGGGGUCUCACUCAGAGACAGAACCAGAGGGACACACAGCAGCUGCCUCUAAUUUAGAGGCCUGUGAUUUCCACAGUCACAGCAGCAUCCUCAGCACCAGCCCCAGUUUCAGGACCAUGGUGAGAGAGGCAAGGGGAGAAGCACCUCCCGGGCAGAGAGGGGAGGAGGUUGGUGAUGAGGAGGACGCAGAAGAAUCCCACCACUGUACCAUGAUAGACACGCUAUUGGACAGACAUGGAGUCUGUAUUCCCCACCAUGAACCCAGGCUGUACCGCGCUGCUGCUGCCCAAACCAAAUCUAUUCCAGGGUUCAGCAUCCUGGCUUUCCCUGAUUUCUGGGGUCACCUCCCACCACCAGGGCAUGAACCCAUGGCUCCGCGUAAACCCAACAUACAGAGAAAGAAGGUGUUUGAAGAUGUCCAACGUUUCCUGAAUCCAGAUGAUAUUAUCGACCAGGUUGUGUUUGACCUGGAAGAUAGCAGUCUUCAGUGUCCAUCUGAUUCCUUGAGGUUUUACUCUAAGUUUGAAUGUGGGAACCUAAGGAAGGCUGUUCAGGUUCGAAGAUAUGAAUAUGACAUCAUAUUGAAUGCUGAUGCUAACUGUAACCAGCACACGCAGUGGUUUUACUUUGAAGUCAGUAACAUGGUUCCAGGCACCUCCUACCGUUUCAAUGUGAUCAACUGUGAGAAGAGCAACAGCCAGUUCAACUAUGGAAUGCAGCCCGUGCUGUACUCGGUAAGGGAAGCUCUGGAAGGAAGACCACACUGGGUCAGGACCGGGGCUGAGAUUUGUUACUACAGAAACAACUAUUGUCCAGCUCAGUGCAGAAGGAGAACCACCUUUUAUACUCUGACCUUUACCAUCACCUUCAAACACAAUGAAGAUGUCUGCUACCUGGCCUACCAUUAUCCCUACACGUACUCUGCUCUCAAGGCUAAUCUGAAGCUGCUGCAGAGGUCAGUGGAUCCUACCAAGGUGUUUUUCCAGCAGCAGGUUCUUUGUAGCACUCUGGCUGGAAACUCGUGCCCAGUGGUGACCAUCACCGCCUGUCCUGCCAGCAGGAGCUGGAGAGACAUGCACCAGCUCCGUAAUCGUCCCUGCAUCGUGCUAACAUGCCGUGUCCACCCCGGUGAGUCCAAUGCCAGCUGGGUGAUGAAGGGCACCCUGGAGUUUCUGUGCAGCAGUGACCCAGUGGCCCAGAGUCUGAGGGAGGCCUUCAUCUUCAAGAUCAUCCCCAUGCUCAACCCAGACGGAGUCAUCAAUGGCACGAAUCGCUGUGAUCUGAAUGGUGAGGAUCUGAAUCGUCAGUGGAGUAAACCAGACCCCGUCCUCAGUCCAACCAUCUACCACACCAAGGGCUUCCUCUACUACCUUAACAGUAUAGGUCGCACUCCACUGGUUUUCUGUGAUUACCACGGCCACUCGAGAAAGAAGAACGUCUUCCUGUACGGCUGCAGUUUGAAGGAGACCCUCUGGCAGUCUGGCUCUGCUGUUAACACUAUGGGAUUAAAAGAGGACCCUGGAUAUAGGACCAUUCCAAAGACCUUGGAUAGUCUCGCCCCAGCUUUCUCUUUCAACAGCUGCAACUAUUUGGUGGAGAAGUCUCGCUCUUCCACAGCCAGGGUGGUGGUGUGGAGGGAGAUGGGCGUGCUGAGAAGUUAUACCAUGGAGAGCACUCACAACGGCUGUGACCAGGGAAUAUACAAGGGCCUGCAGACAGGAACCAGGGAGCUGCAGGAGAUGGGUGUGAAGUUCUGCCACAGUCUGCUGUCUUUAACCAAAGACUUGAAGGCUUUUUACAGCCCAAGAACCAUCAACCACAUUGACAUGGACCACAAGUCUCACAACUGCUUUGAAGACGAUGAGCCUCCAUGUGUCGAGCAGAUCGAGUAUUCCACAGACUGUCCCUUGCUUAAAGGCACUGAUCUGGAUUCAGAUGUCAACAGAAACAUGGCCCGUGCUGAUGAAGAGGAGGACGGCGACGAAGGACAAAGGGGGGGAACACUCUGCCGAGGCAGCACUGGCCAAUCGCAGCAGUCAAUGAAGAGCUAUCUAUUCCCUCACCUGAUGAGACAGUCCUCCAGCGAGAAGAGAAGCAUGUGUAACGGUGUGAGCGCCAAUGGACAGAUCAUGAGUUAAAUAAUGAUUUCUACAUUUUUUUUUACAACUUUUCUACAAAAGCCUUUCUUAAACCACCUAAAUAAUUGACACAAACUAAACACAAAAGGUUGGGAUAAUGCAUCAAAUCUCUUUCAACCUUAAAAUACAGUGAGACUUUAUAUAGAAACAAAAUACUGCACUACACAACUCACAAGAGUUACUGGAGCCCACUCCACCAUCUUAGGAAGGAUCAGCAAAGCAGCACUGCAAACUCUUUAAAUGUAGAUAGCUUGUGUUGUAUCUCCUGCUUGAGCUCUUUGAUAUCGUUGCUAAUGGCUAGCCCGAAACGAAGUGUUUCUGCAUUAUCCUUUAGCUCUAGCUUCCCUGUUAGCUCUUCCUUGUGUUCACUAGCUUUGUCUGUUCUCCCAGUUUGUCUGGAUUUUUGUUGAUUUCCAGCUUUUUCCGAUGUUUGCCCAACUGAUAUUUAACCUUUUUUUGUUGAGUUGAAAGUUGAAUGUUGUGGGUUGGUUAACCUACAACCUGCCCACUUAUACCAAAAGUCUAGCACUGCAAACUCUGCUACUCCAACAAUGCACAACUGUGAUUACUACAAAAUCAUCACGUGUACCUGUAAUUGUCAUUUUGAUCUCAUUAUCAAACAUAGGAGAGAUUGUUUAUUGAGCCUAUAUUGAAAGGGACAAAGUGCCUCACACCUCUCUGGCAAGGCUUUCUUUUCUGAUCUCUGACAUCUUUAUCCUAGGUUGACUGGGUCUGGCAUGGAUUCUAGCUAGUGCUAGCUAGUCGUGGUGUGUGCCUGCAAAAUGCUAGCCCCCCCCCCAGAUUAGUAUCAAUGACAGGAGCACUGACCUUGGGUACAACGUAGCUGGAGAUGCAACUAAAAUGUUGUAGGUAAUCCAAAUCUAAUUUGGUUUAUUGCCAAGUAGGUUUUCGCUUACAUUACCCGAUUACUAGUGUAGCCGUUGACGUGGACAUGCCCACGGGAGCUAAUUGGGGUUGAAGUUUCCUGCCCACAACACUUUUAACAGCCUAUCCAUGCUGCUUAACAGUAACCAACUGCGCAUCACCUGCAGACAAGGCUAUGCUAAUACUAUCACUAACAGGCCUGCUAUCAGGAGAUCCUGGGACCUCUUUGGUUACGUCAGCAGAGAUGAUUUGUAGCUUUAGUAGAGAGAACCUAUCUGUGACAGUGGAGCAAUGACACAAAACGUCAAAGCGCAAUUACACAAAAAGUCAAAGCGUAUGGUUAGGUUAAGCUGAUAUGCUAGGCUAGGCGUAAGACCAAUGAUAAUGUAUUUAGGGUGUUCCAGCAGAGAUUUGUUGUCAGUGCUGACUCACAUUAACACACUCCUUAAAUAUUUUUUGGUAGGGUCCAAAAAUGAAUGUCCAUGCCUUGAUAAUCUUGGAGAUAAUUUCCAAGAACAAUCAGGAACAUGCUAUCGACAGAAGCUGUCAUUGCAGAGUUCGUGGAGUGCUUGAAGAGAUAUUUAGUGGAGAUUAUUCAUCCCACACUGAGCGUGACACAUCUGGGUUCUGCUCAGUAUUAAUAAAGAUUCCGAUCCAGUUUCAAAAAGUCCUAGAUGGACUAGCUAUUAAAUGAUUCAAUAAGAACUGGUUAUGAGGUUAUGAGGGUUCAGGGUAGUCUUAAUGGUGUGGACUGGUCCCAAGCAAGCGAACAAUUAACAUGAAAGGAAGCCAUUCCUCUUAGAAACAUAGAUACUACCUUUUUCUUUUUUCUUAAAAAAUAUCUCCAGUUAAUUCAAUAUUCAACACAGUGGCAGAAGAAAACUUUCUCAUCUUUAAAAACAUGUUUUGCAAAUGUUAGAAUGGUUGCAUUUUAAAUAUUGUGUUUUUUAUUCAUUGCGUGUUGUUGAUAUUUAGUGGUAUUACAUUACCUUGAAAAAAACCCUAGUUAGCCACACACACUUUAGAUGAUUUGUUUCAGAAGAAAAAGAAUGAAAUUCGUAUGACGUAGUUUAUUUCUGUUUGUAUACUAUUUAGAAUUAGAACAUUUAAACAGCAUUUCAAUAUAAUUGUUUCUAUAUCAUAGCAGAACAUGUGCAUGUAAUAUGAAAACUACAGUGUAGGGUGGUGCCUUGAUUUCUGAUCAGUUUGAACAAUGUUGUUGUAUGGAUGUGUUUUUCAUCUAGAUUUUAUAAGACAUUUGUAAUGUUCAGUGACACAUGUAACAUAUGAGGCUUAUAGAAUAAAAGUGUUUGUUUUCGGAUUAUUAAAUGAUGAACAAAGAAAUAUAUCAUGUUUUAUCCAUGUUGUUCUUAAAUUGUUAACUCCCCAUUGAGUCAACACAAAGCGAGAAAUAAAAUAAGUAAACUUUUA